GACUAUUCGCUGAUAAUGCACAGGCUCGACAGACCUCGUGAUCAUGACGCUAUCACCAGAAUGGAUGGAUUUCAGUGAUAUCAGGCGACAUGCAACACAGCAUUUCAAAGCUGCGCUGGAUUCUCUUCCUCCGCAGUUCACGGUCAAGAUCGAAAAGUUGACCGAGGAACAGAUCCGCAUUCCGGUGAAAAGCGACGCCCGCACAAAUUCAGUGGUGCGGUUUCGACUUUUGGUUGGUCGUGUCAAGUCACCUACUCUUCAGAGUAUCUAUCUGUAUUUUGUGGAAGAUACCACGCGAUUUCUUCUCGAGAAGCUUUUUGUAGGCGAUAAAGCGAUCUCCAAGCUGCAGUUGAAGAAUGCGAUCUGGGAGAAACCCUUCUGCCAUCUCAUUGACACAGACAUCAAAUUCAACGGGCCGCUAGCUCGAACUGUGGCGUUGUAUUAUUUGACAGAGAAUGGGCAUGUAGAACGUUUCAAAGAAGAUCACAGGAUCUUCUUUCUGAACUUCCGCAUGGCCUGUGCCAGAAUUUUCAAAGCCCAACUCGAGACAGGUUCGUCGAAGGCACAACCGGACCCAACACCGCGAACACCGCAAGAGUCUCAGCAAGAACAGAGAGAUCAUAGAAGAUCCAGGGGUUCAUUGCCCAGCCAGAACGACAUACAGGAUAACAACAUCGCUUCUGGAAUGCCUUCGUCUAGCGUGGAAACGAUUGCGCCUCAAAGGUCUGUCCAGAGGAAGCGAAAAAGAGACAGUACAGCUGAGAAUCGAUUAGCACGUACAGAUCCAGACGUUACAACAAACGAAGCAUCAGAAGUGGACAUCUCAGAUGACGAAAACAUGUUCAUAGACCUGCACAAGCGCUUGAAAUUCUUCAGGAAAGACAAGGAAAGCAAAAUUAAGUGCCUGGAAGCAGAGCUCAGUCAACUACAGCAGGAGGCAAAAGAUUUCGAAGACCGAGCCAAGCAUGCAGAAUCAGAGCUUGAUGACGUGAAGGCUGACCUUGCGUUUCUCCGCAGCGAUCAGGUGGCAAUGAAGACGGAGAUUGAGGACUCCAAAGCCAGAACAGAGGAAUUGAACACCCAGGCUACCGGCCUAGAGCACGCAAAAGUUGAGUUGACGAGGAGUGUGCGUCAACUGGAAGCAGAGAAAAAGAGGCUUGAAGCUAGCAAUGCAGCUCUGAAAACCGAGCGCCAGGGCUUCAAGGACUGUUAUGAAGACCAGAAGGGGGAAAAUGCAGGCCUGAUGAAGAAGAACCAAGCUCAGGAGAACGUUAUCAAGGCACUAGAGGAGAAACAUGCGAAAACCAAAGCGCAAAUGCAUGCUUUGGUGAACGAGCUUGAGGUGGACGGCUAGGCUGGUCUACGAUUGAUGCGAGACAUUGGAUUCGUAAACCGCUUAAGCGAUAUAUACUAUGAGCGAUGUCUAGAUUCACUUGAAUAAUGCUUCGUUAUAUUUAUGGACGAACAGACUGG